CACAGAGCUGCUGUUUCUUCCCUGUGGAGGUGAUGCCCAGUGAAUGUUUUGGAGGAAAAGACCCCCACUAUGCUGUUUGUUUAAUAAUGUGCUUGGAAAUCAUAGAAUUGCAAAAUGGUUUGGGUUGGAAGGGACCUCAAAGUUUAUCUUGGUCCAAUCUCCCUGCCAAGGGCAGGGACACCUUCCACUGGACCAGGUUGCUCAAAGCCCCAUCCAGCCUGGCUUUGCACGCUUCAGGGAUGGGGUGUCUGCUUCAUUCAGGAUGUUUUGUAGUGCUUUUGCAGCUCUUCUCCCACUGCUGUUGUGGUGCUCUGCAGAGCAAACCAGGACUCUGCUGGGAGCAUCCCCUGGGGCUCCUGCCCAGCUGGGCUGUGGGAGCUUCACUUCAGGGUUUUUCCCCCUUAGGACACAAGAACAGGGGUGUAUUUAUGGUAACAUUUCCUCUAAGUCCCUGUGUCCCCUCAGCUGUGCUGCCUGUGGGUGUGGGACGAGAGGUUUACUGGAAAUCCAUUGGUCUGUGGGAUUCCUGAAGGUGAACAGUCCCAGCCCUUCCCGUGCUGGCCAUGGGCAGGUCCAGCUGCUGCAGCCCCCCAAGCCCUGCCUUGCUCCUGACAAGGUGUGGCUGAGGAAUUUGGGUCUCCUUUGCCUUCCCUCCUGCCACCAGUUUGCCUCAGUGUGGAGGAGGUACAAGCUGUGCAAAGCUGCUCUCCCUCUGGGGUUUGGGGUGUGUAAUAAAGGAUUCCAGUGACUGAAGCCAUCAGAAGACUUAGAGACACACAUUCCCUUUCUGUCCCCAGCUGCCUGUUCCACAGAAAACUCUGGGAGCUUGGUGAAUCUGAGUCCUUUAUCCCUCUGCCAAAGCUUUAGGAAUACUGGCUGCUGGGCAGCUGGACAGACAAACACUGUGUGCUCCUACAAGCCUCCUGUUGCAAAGGUGUCAAGCUAAAAUCAGGUAUUUCAGUUCCUAAGCUUUGAUUUUCCACUUUUCCUCUUGUGUUCCUAACCAGAUGAGCUGUGUCGUUUCAGCCCUGAGGAAUCUGGCCACUGUUCCUCUCCACUUCCAAGUUCUGCUUUGGAUGGAAUUGUCUUUAAUCAAUAAAGGCAAUAGUGAGGCUCAUUGCAGGAGAUGCUUCUUCAUGAAUCUCUUUCCACUUGGGCUCACCAGGCAGGGAACUGUCUUCCUCUUCCUUCCUCGCAGUAUUUCAAAUAUUUCUUUGUGCCUUUGAGAAUUUUCCUCCUUUUUCCUUUCUCCUUGUAUCUGUCUGUGAUUGUCUGUUUUCUGACCAGCAUUCAUCACUUCUCAAGGAAUCAGUGCUCUUCAGAUCACCCUAAAAAAAACCCCUGAAACCAGAUGUGAACAACUUCAGAGCUACCAAAGCACCUCGCUAAGCAGUAAGUGCAUUUCUCUGUAGCCAUCGUGCCCUGUUACAGUAAUGUCCCUGCUGGAGUUAGGUGGCCUCAGGCACUGAAAAACUCACCUUGUGUUGCUUUUUACCUCUCCAGCACAGAGGUGGUGAUGGGCUUUGGGAAAUGUCCUGGGUGAGACCUAAGGAACAGCUUUGUAUUUGCAGCUGGAGUAACCCAGCUUUGCUCCUGUGUCCCACCUCCCAGUCCAGCCCUUCCCCAAGCUCCUGGAGCAGGAGGAUGGGGCUGCCCAGCAGGGCAUGAAAGAGCUGCUGGCUGCCUGCUGCUCCCCCUCCUUCCACCUCCUCUCCUCCAAGCUCGGCCCCUCUCGCCCUGCUCCAGCUGGAGCCACAGGUUUAUCUGGAGGCGAGGAGUGUCUGCUGUGUAAGCUGAGAGCCGGGAGGAGGAGGAGGGAUCUGCUGGACCCUGGAGGAGAAAGGGUUUGGCUGCCCCGGAGGAAAAGGAGAGAGGCAGAGCCUGGGCACCAUGGCUGGAAUCUCUGCUCUUGGGCUCCUCUCCCUGUGUCAGCUCUUGGCCACAGCAUCAGCUCAGUCCCUUCCAAGAAUUGGACCACAAGGCCCUCCUGGACCCCCUGGACCCCCUGGACCAUCUGGCAAGGACGGCAUUGAUGGAGAGCCAGGCCCUCCUGGUUUGCCAGGCCCACCAGGGCCAAAAGGUGCACCAGGGAAGCCUGGAGCUGCAGGUGAAGCUGGAUUGCCUGGCCUGCCUGGAGUGGAUGGUUUAACAGGAACUGAUGGCCCACCUGGCCCAAAUGGGCCUCCAGGAGACCGUGGUGCAUUAGGACCUGCUGGGCCACCUGGACCAGCUGGCAAAGGACUACCAGGACCUCCAGGGCCUCCAGGACCCAGUGGGCUCCCAGGGGGACAUGGAUUUCGGGGCCCUUCUGGACCUUUUGGUCUGCCAGGAUUCCCAGGGCCUCCUGGACCACCUGGGCCUCCUGGUCUCCCAGGGGCCCUUCCUGAUGGCGGUGGGGACCUUCAGUGCCCAGCUCUGUGCCCACCAGGUCCCCCAGGCCCCCCAGGAAUGCCAGGCUUCAAGGGACACACCGGUCACAAAGGGGAGCCUGGUGAAGUAGGAAAACAAGGAGAAAAGGGUAACCCUGGCCCUCCCGGCCCUCCAGGGAUUCCUGGCAGUGUUGGCCUGCAGGGACCAAGAGGACUAAGAGGCCUCCCUGGUCCAAUGGGUCCAGCUGGCGACAGAGGUGACAUUGGAUACAGAGGCCCACCUGGAAUCCCAGGACCCCCAGGGAAAGCUGGAGACCAAGGGAGCAAAGGACCUCAGGGAUUCCGGGGGCCCAAAGGUGACACUGGUAAACCUGGACCAAAAGGAAACCCAGGGGCUCGUGGGCUCAUAGGAGAACCUGGAAUGCCUGGCAAGGAUGGGCGGGAUGGAGCUCCUGGACUCGAUGGUGAGAAGGGUGACGCAGCUCCCAUGGGUGCUCCUGGAGAGAAGGGGCCAAACGGACUUCCUGGUCUGCCUGGAAGAGCAGGUAUUAAAGGCUCAAAGGGUGAACCAGGCAGCCCUGGAGAGACGGGAGAGGCAGGUCCCUCUGGAGAGCCAGGCAUCCCUGGCGAUGUUGGCAUUCCUGGUGAGAGAGGCCUGCCAGGACCCAGGGGAGCAACUGGACCACUGGGCCUCCAAGGCCCCAUAGGAGCCCGUGGUGUCCGAGGUUUCCAGGGGCCCAAAGGUGCCAGUGGGGAGCCCGGCCUUCCUGGCCCGACUGGGAUCCGUGGAGAGACAGGAGACAGGGGUCCUCUUGGUGUUCCUGGUCCCAAAGGGAACCAGGGCAUUGCUGGAGCAGAUGGCCUCCCAGGUGACAAAGGAGAGCUGGGUCCCUUUGGACCCCCUGGCCAAAAAGGAGAGCCAGGAAAAAGAGGAGAACUUGGUCCAAAGGGUGUGCAAGGACCUAAUGGGACAGCUGGAGCACCAGGGAUCCCCGGACAUCCAGGACCCAUGGGUCACCAGGGGGAGAGGGGUGUCCCUGGCAUCACAGGAAAACCUGGACCUCCUGGCAAAGAGGCCAGUGAACAACAUAUCAGAGAACUCUGUGGGGAAAUGAUAAAUGAGCAAAUUGCACAGCUGGCUGCUAACCUGAGGAAGCCCUUGGCUCCUGGAAUGCCGGGACGGCCUGGCCCAGCCGGGCCCCCAGGCCCUCCUGGAACCACGGGGAGCAUCGGGCAUCCCGGUCCUCGUGGGCCCCCUGGAUACAGAGGGCCACCAGGAGAGCUUGGUGAUCCUGGACCCAGAGGUGACACUGGUGAAAAGGGAGACAAAGGACCUGUUGGCCAAGGUAUCGAUGGGCCUGAUGGUGACCAAGGACUGCAGGGACCACCUGGUGUGCCUGGAAUUACUAAAAACGGCCGUGAUGGUGCUCAGGGUGAACCCGGGCUGCCAGGGGAUCCUGGGACUCCUGGGACUACUGGUGCUCAGGGAACUCCAGGAAUAUGUGACACGUCGGCUUGCAUGGGAGCUGUUGCAGCAUCAACUUCCAAAAAAUCAUAAACCAACAGUACAAGAAGUGAAGAAGUGACUGAAUAUUUAAAUAAACAGUGCAUUGUAAGAAAAAAGAAUCCUUCUAGUGAUAAAAGGACAGAUGCUCCUUCUAUUCUAUUAAGUGGAGACUGACACAGUUCUAUGAAAAAGAAAGCAUCAGAUGAAAACUUUAAUUAAAAGAUGCUUUAUGACUAUCUUUUCCUCCCCCCAAUUAUUUCCCAGAAUUUUUACUGCUAAACAACCUCACCUUUCCUUCCUCCCUUUGCUCAAGAGACCUGCAAGAGGAAGCAUUGCUCCUUUGUACCAUCACCCCCCCUGUACUAAAGAUCACGAGUUUUUCCUAAGAAAGUUUGGGCCUUUUCCACUGAAUUCCUUGGUGCUGCUCCCACUGACUUCAGUCCUGCAGGUUUGUGCACUCAGACACGUUGUUAAGACCCUCAGGCACCGAGCUGCCUCUUCCAUCAGUGGAAAUCAGGCAUUUCAAUAUCCUGUAUUUUAACAUCAACCUUCUGGCCUAAGGAAUGACCAUUGCUUGAGUCUGUGCUGCCAGCUAGGAAUUUUCAGAUUGCAACUCAAAUAUUUGCCAAUACUAGUAAACAGUAAUCCUCUUGCAAGCAAAUUCUGCAAAAGGAGUAAUGUAAAUAUUUUAAUUUCCAGGGAAGAAUUUUUGCAUAUUUCCAUAUGAUAAUGAAGGAAAUGAAGUAACAGCAUUUUCAUGACCUCUACUUCAGCUAUUUGCACAGUAAUUGUGAUGGAACCCCACCUAAGAAAGGAUGCUCUUUUAAAGUCCAGCCAAAACCACCUGUAUGAACUGUUGUAAAAAUAAAAGGAGAUUUUUUUU